AUGAAAUAUUUUAUUCUUCUUUCUUUUCUACUAUGUAUAUCAGUUAUUUCUUCUUUAAAUUUUAAAAUUUUUAACUUAUUUAGAACAAAAGAACCAAAAACAGCACUACCACCAGUAACAAUACCACAAACAACGACGCAAUCAACAACAACAAAACCAUCAAUAAUAACAACACAAUCAAUAAUAACAACACAAUCAAUAACAACAAAACCUUCAAUAAUAACAACACAAUCAGUAACAACAACACAAUCAAUAACAACAACACAAUCAAAAACAACAAAACCACCAGUUCCGCCAAAACCAUCAAUUCCACCAAAACCAUCAAUUAAUAUAACCAAACGUGACUGGAAACCGUGGAAUAUAACAUUAAAUGACACAUUAGUAUUAAGAUUAGGAAAUAGGGGAGUAAAUAAAUACAACAGAGAUUAUAAACCAACUUUAUUAACAUUUAUAAACGUUACAUCAGCUUUUCAACGUGGUGAUGUAAAAAAAGGAACCAAAGAAGCUAAGCUAAUAGUUAUGGUUACAAAAAUCAUUAAUAAUCAAACUAUUCCAAAUUCUUGUCAAUUACUUCGUACAGUACUUAAUGUAACUAAUCAUGAAAAUGAAAUCGAAAGAUAUAAGGUAACAAGAGUAAAACUUUUCAAUGUAACUCUAAAAGGAGAGUGCAAACCAACGGUAAAUAUUACAAAAAUUGAAGAAAGAGCGAAAAAAAGAGAAGAAGCAAAAGCAAAAGCAAAAGCAAGCCAAAAUACAAAUACAAUAGUAAAAAAAAAUUAA